AAUAUGUAUAUAGCACCCUUUCAGUCGGCUUAAAUGAUACGGUAAAAAGAUAUAAACCUCGAAUGAGUUGCCAGAUUUCAGUCGCUAUAAAAGCACUCGACUUAAUUGAAUAAACCCUCUUUGUAAAACGUCAGUCAUCGACUCAACAGUCAGUUCUCUGCUAAGUAUUGAGAAAGCCAUCACGUAGAUUUCAGUGGCGACGAGAAAAAGUAAUUUUUUAAUAAAAUCCGGGGGGAGUUUUUACCCGGUAGUGAGUAAGCGAAAAAGAUAUAUAAAAUCCGGGGGUAUAAUUUUGCCCGGUAGUGCGCUGGUGAUAAAAUAGUGUUUAAAACGCUUGGUGUGCUGGACAUUUUGUUUGCAGGCAGAGCGCGGAAAUUUGGCCGCUGCGUUGCGGAUUUGUCUGUGUGACCGGCAUUGGAGGAUUUUGAGCGCAAAUUGCUCUGGAAAUAUUCUGUUUUUUUUGGAUACUGGGAAAAACCGUUCCCAGAGCGAGAUUUUGGAUACACGACAAUCUGCUUGUUGGUUGCUACUGCUGCUGCGGUGCCGUUUUCGCUGCUACCCCGAGCUGAGAUAUUUUUUUUGAGGAAAUUUUUUUUUGUCUGGAUUGAGCAGAAUUUUGUUUAAGUUUUUUCCCAGAUUGGCGCAAGACAUUUUCUAACUGUGCAAGCAUCAACCAGGUUUUGGUUUCGGAUAUGAAAAUAGAUUCGGUGGUUGAAGAUGUGAAGAGUAAGUUUAAACAUAUUUUUAAUAAAACGUUUUCAGACCCAAUUGUGGGUUAUGAGGCAGAUCUUGUCCUGAAGGAAGACAGACCAAUUUUCAGAAAGGCCUAUGAAGUCCCUUUGAGAUUGAAGCAAAAAGUAAUAGAACACCUUGAUUCUCUUGAAAAAGAUGGAGUAAUCACGCCUGUUGAGGUGAGUGAAUGGGCAUCACCUGUUGUGGUGGUGAUGAAGAAAGAUCAUGGUAUUCGUUUGGUUAUUGAUUGUAGGGUCUCUAUCAAUAAAGUAAUCACACCCAAUACUUACCCGCUUCCAGUGGCUCAAGAUUUGUUCGCAUCGUUAUCAGGAGCUAAAGUUUUUUGUUCCUUAGACCUUGCUGGUGCAUAUACUCAGUUGAGACUUUCCAAAAGAUCUAGAAAAUUCAUGAUAAUAAACACUUUAAAAGGAUUGUAUUGUUACAAUAGGCUACCACAAGGAGCAUCUUCAAGCGCAUCGAUUUUUCAAAGAGUUAUGGACCAGAUUUUGAAAGGUUUGCCGAUGGUUUUCUGUUACCUUGAUGAUGUACUCAUAGCAGGUGUUGACUUUGAAGACUGUCAGAGGAAGCUUUAUUUAGUCUUAGAGAGAUUGGCUAAGGCUAAUAUAAAGGUAAACUUAAAAAAAUGCAAGUUUUUUGUUCAUACUUUGCCUUAUCUUGGACAUGUUAUCACAGAUAAAGGUUUGAUGCCUUGUCCAGAAAAAGUUCAAACAAUUCGUGAUGCAAAGUCACCACAAAAUGUUACCGAACUUAAGGCGUUUUUGGGGUUACUGAAUUUUUAUGGAAAGUUUAUUCCCCAUUUGUCAUCACAUCUAAGCUGUUUGUAUAAUUUACUGAAAAAAGACACUAGAUUCCUCUGGUCAGAAAAUUGUCAAAACACUUUUAAUUUCUGCAAAACUAAGUUAUUAAAUAGUAAUUUAUUAGAAUAUUUCGAUCCCGACAAACCAAUUGUAGUGGUGUCAGAUGCUUGCAAUUAUGGACUAGGUGGAGUGAUUGCACAUGUUGUAAAUGGAAUAGAAAAGCCAAUUUCGUUUACGUCGUUUUCUUUGAACAAAGCACAACAAUCAUACCCUAUAAUUCAUCUAGAAGCUUUGGCGGUGGUGAGUACAGUGAAGAAAUUUCACAAGUUUUUGUACGGGAAAAAAUUUACUGUUUACACGGAUCACAAACCGCUAAUUGGGAUAUUUGGCAAAGAAGGUAGAAAUGCAUUGUAUGCCACAAGAUUGCAGAGAUAUGUCUUGGAGCUAUCAAUAUAUGAAUUUGAUAUUGUUUAUCGUCCGUCUACCCGAAUGGGAAACGCAGACUUUUGCUCUAGAUUCCCAUUAUCCACGGAAGUGCCUAAAUAUUUACAGAGAGAAUUCAUCAAACGAUUGAAUAUGUCGUCAAGCAUUCCAAUUGAUUAUAGGAGAAUAGCAAAAGAAACUGAGCUGGAUGAUUUUUUGCAACAAAUUAAAACUUUUCUUAGAAAAGGAUGGCCAGAGAGAUUGGAUAAGAGAUUUAAAGAUGUGCACGCUCAUUAUCUGGAUUUGGAGGAAGUAGACGGAUGUAUGUUGUUUCAAGACAGGGUAAUUAUUCCGGUGGCAUUGAAACGUAAUGUUUUAGAGAUUUUACAUCAAAAUCAUGUGGGUAUAGCAAAGAUAAAGCAGUUGGCACGUAGAUCCGUUUAUUGGUUCGGGUUGAACAGAGACAUCGAAGAUUUUGUAAGAGCAUGCAAGAUAUGUAAUCAAAUGGCUAUAGUACAUAAAAAAGCACCUAUCGAGGGUUGGAUACCUACCUCACGACCUUUUAGUCGCAUACAUGCCGAUUUCUUUUAUUUCCAGCAAAAAGUAUUUUUACUAAUUAUCGACAGCUAUUCUAAGUGGUUGGAAUUGGAUCAUAUGAAGUAUGGCACCGACGGUAAGAAAGUAAUAGCAAAAUUUAUGGCUGUGUUCGCUAGAUUUGGUCUCCCAGACGUGGUGGUCACGGAUGGGGGUCCGCCUUUUAAUUCACAUUCUUUCAUCAAGUUUUUGGAGAAUCAAGGAGUAAAGGUAUUAAAAAGUCCGCCAUACAACCCACAAAGUAAUGGGCAAGCCGAGAGAAUGGUGCGCCUAGUGAAGGAAGUAUUUAAGAAAUUUCUUUUGGAUCCGCAAAUUCAAAAUUAUGACACAGAGGAGAGAGUUAAUUUAUUCUUAUUUAACUAUAGAAAUACUUGCCUGAAUGAUAAUGGUCAUUUUCCUUCGGAAAAGCUUUUUAUUUUCAAACCAAAAACUAUCCUUGACUUGCUUAACCCUAAAAAUGACUAUAAAAGAAAAUUAACCAAACCACUGCAUGAUGUAAACCGUACUAAAUCAAGUACUGACAAACAAGUACAAGAUCCUUUGGCAAUACUGACAGUAGGUGAUCCAAUCUACUAUAAAAAUACUAAUCCUACUGACAUAAAACGCUGGAUAAUAGCAAAAUUUAUAAAGCGGUUAUCCACAAACGUUUUCCAGAUCUCGCUCGGUGGUCGUUUGGUGUCAGCUCACAGGCAUCAACUCCGUUUGGCGGAAGGAAAGCAUCGGACGAGAGCGUCAGUUAUUUUUGACGAUUUUCCGCCAGUCCGUCUGAGCAAGCGAAGACGUGAGGAUGACGAUAUCAACCAACACAACGCAAAGCAGCGCAACAAGCAAAAUGAUGAAGAUUUUUAUGGAUUCGUUUCGGAUUCGUUCAUUUUCGAUGGAUUUGAUUCGUCGGAGGAAACCAUCGAAACUCGGAAAUCACAAGUUCCAGUUGAGGUCGAACAUGGCCAACAGAAGAACUGCUUAUCCAGUGAUCAAAAAUCAUUGCCUAACAUUAGGCGUUCGAGUAGAUUAAAAGUUAAGAAAAAAGAUAAAAAUUUUGUUUACCAAUGAAUUCAUAUUAUCAAAUUUUGUAUAUAAAAUGAAUUGUUUCAUUAUAUAAUGUACAUAAUGUAUUAAAAGUUUAGGAUUGUAUUAAUUAACUGAAGAGGCAAGAAUUGUAGUAGUUCGUAAUAUGUAUAUAGCACCCUUUCAGUCGGCUUAAAUGAUACGGUAAAAAGAUAUAAACCUCGAAUGAGUUGCCAGAUUUCAGUCGCUAUAAAAGCACUCGACUUAAUUGAAUAAACCCUCUUUGUAAAACGUCA